GGCUGAUAGAACAGCCCAAGCAAAGGCACGGAGGUACAAAGGUACACACCCAGAGUAUGGUGGGCCUGGCAGGGAGUGCGCUCAGGCAGUGGCAGAUGGGUUUGUGGGAAGGUGGGGAAAGUAAAGGGAAUGGAGGGUCUGAAAUGGGGGCUGGUCACGUGGGGCUUUAUCAUGUGGAUGUCUGGGAGCCAUUCAACAGAUGUUGACUGAGUGCCUUCCAAGGGCCCGGCUGUGUUCUAGGUGCUCAGGAUGGAUCAUUGGACAAGAAAGACAAAGACACAGAUUCCAUUCAAGUUCUUUAAGGAGGGGAGUCAUUUGAUCCUGUUGACCUCUCGGCCGCAGCUGUCCACACAGGAUGCCUCAAAUUUGCUGGAAACCGUCCCUCAGGAGGUCAGCCGCUGUUUCUUUAGGGCGGCACUAGGGAUUUCGUUCCUUGCAUCGAAGGGGUUUUUGUUGUUCCUGCUGCUGCUGCUGCUGCUGCUCCCAUUUAUUUAUUUUCUUUCUCUACACCGGGCCUCGCCCCACUCCCACUGGCAUGAUGGCCCAGUCUAAGGCCAACGGCUCCCACUACGCACUGACCGCCAUUGGCCUGGGGAUGCUGGUUCUCGGGGUCAUCAUGGCCAUGUGGAACCUGGUGCCUGGGUUCAGCGCCCAUGAAAAGCCGACCGCUCAGGGGAACAACAAGACGGAGAUAGGCAGCGGCAUUCUCAAGAGCAAGACCUUCUCCGUGGCCUACGUGCUGGUCGGGGCUGGGGUGAUGCUUUUGCUGCUCUCCAUCUGCCUGAGCAUCCGGGACAAGAGGAAGCAGCGGCAAGGCGAGGAGAUGGUCCACAUCCAGCACCAGCCGGGGGUCGAGCCACACGCCCCAGAGGAAGACAGCCAGGAGGAGGAGGAAGAGGAGGAGGCCUCCUCCAGGUACUACGUCCCCAGUUACGAGGAAGUGAUGAACACCAACUACUCAGAAGCGAGGGAACUGGACCAGAACCCCAGGAUGAGCAUCUCUCUCCCCUCCUAUGAGUCCUUGACCGGGCCUGACGAGACGAGCCCCACGGCUGCCAGGGGCAACGCGGAGGCCAGCCCGGGGCAUCCGCCCGACAGGCAGAACUCCAAGUUGGCCAAACGCCUAAAGCCACUGAAAGUUCGGAGGAUUAAAUCCGAAAAGCUUCACCUUAAAGACUUCAGGAUCAACCUGCCAGACAAGAACGUCCCUCCUCCCUCCAUCGAGCCUCUGACGCCGCCACCACAGUACGACGAAGUCCAGGAGAAGGCGUCUGAUGCCAGGCCACCCGACUGACGGCGCCGUGCAGGUGUGUCCCUCCGGUCACUCACCCUCCACACCACGGACCCCCAGUGAAGCCACUUCAGCUGCAGUGGAGAAGCGGAGGGGCCAAACGUACACAGACUGAUGUGGAUGGGGGCAGGGGGUGCGGGGAGGGGCGGGGGGAUCCGGUUACUAGGGACUGACAGACGUCCAUGGGACCUCACGUGGCAGGUGCACUGGGAGGAGCUUCUGCCUCGGAUCUGGGAUGUGGACCCGGUCGGGGGCGCGGGGUACGCACCUUCCCUGUUGUUUCUCCCCAACUCUGAGUUGUUGGCGACAACACCUCUCUUUCCAAUCCGGAAAGGACGCCAGCAGCUGGUUUAGGUUGUGAUUUUGUUUUGCUUCCACUAGGACUGUUUUGUUUCAAAAAGAAAACAAGAUAGGCCUUCGCUUUCUUCACCGGAGUCCUGCCUGAGCUGUGGGCAGGAGAUGUGACUCAGCUUUCUAGAAAGGACACGGGGCUGUCCCGUGAAUGAAGCGAAACAAGGGGCUGAUCGAUGGUGUGGGGGUGAGGCCCCCUGACGCUGUUCAGAACCCCUGAAGGAUAGACUCUGAUCUUAGGCAUUACCAGGCCUCGGGCCCUCCAAGAACCACCUGCUUCAGGGGCGAAAUAGGAGAGCUGUAUGAGAUAUUUUAUUCCUUCUAAAAUGCCGUGCAAGUGAGCUUUUUAUAAUAAAAUAUUUUAUAUGUAGUA